ACCAUUAAGGCCUCCUAAUAUCGAUGAAAGUCUUGUUAUUAAUCAAAAUAAGAAAAUAGUUGUUUUUAUUGCUGAUUUUCAGCAAUUUUUGAUGUGCAAUUAAAAUAAUACCUGCUAAAAGUUGGUAUUCCUCUCCUAGCAGUUUUCAUCAGCGUCACGCGUAAUCAGCGACUCCAUCUGGGAGCUCCAUCCGUUCUGGGAACGUAUUGGUGUCCUUGUCAUCCAGUAAAUCGAAUCCGUAAUCCUCUAUAUAGGCAGAGGAAAGUUUACAUACCACGCCCCGCCGGACAACAAGUCAUACAUCCAAAUAACGCAGACUACACCCCAGUAUUUUCCUGUUACCAACCAGAUCAUCGCUCAACUGCUGGGUUGCUUUAAAGUUAAAGCUUAAAGUCUUAGCAAAUUGUUGCUUUACAAAUAUUAUUAACUACUAGGUUAGACAUAAAACGGCACAAAUGUCGCUGUUGGAGCAGUACGAGCAGCAAUAUGCCUCCUUAAUAGCCGAAAUAACGGCCCAUAUUGGACGUCUGCAGCAGCAAAACAAUAACAGUGAACGCCACGAGCUAUGCAGCAAGAUCGAUAGCAGCCUACCAGAGGCCCAGGAAUUGCUGGAGCAGAUGGGUCUGGAGGUGAGGGAACUGAGUUCGGGACAACGGAGCAGCUUUAAUGGCAAGCUGCAAGUGGCCCAGGCAGAACUGAAACGCCUGCAGGGGGAAUAUAGGACGACCAAGGAAAAGCAACGCUCCCAGGCCAAUGCAUUCACAACUUUGGAUUUGGGUGACAGCUAUGAGGAUGUGUCCAUCACUACAGACCAACGCCAGCGUCUCUUGGACAACUCGGAGAGGAUCGAACGGACGGGCAAUAGGUUAACGGAAGGCUAUAGAGUGGCUCUGGAAACUGAGCAGCUGGGCGCCCAGGUUCUAAAUGAUUUGCACCACCAGAGAGAAACGCUUCAAGGAGCCAGGGCGCGUCUUCGAGAAACCAAUGCCGAACUAGGAAGGGCAUCCCGCACCCUGAACACCAUGAUGCUGAGAGCCCUGCGGGAGAAGGUCGUCUUGUACGGAGUGGGUGUCUGUUUUGUGGUUGCCGUUGGCGUCAGUCUUUACUUGACCUUUGCACCAAGUUCCACCAGCUCCAUCACUUCUUAAUUCUAGCUAGGAAACCAAAAUCCUCUUAAUGUAACCCAAAAGCCUACCCAUUCCAAUGUCGUGAGUUGAUUAUUUAUUGUUUAGCAUAUUUUAUCUUUACGAGAUAUUCUGUGGAAGAAAGCUGCAGACUUACGCACUAAUCUAUAUACGAAAGGAUAGGGUGUUACGUUCAACAAGAAUCGCAUGUAAAAAUGUAAUCUAUGGUUGCCUCUGCUGGUUAUUUUUAAGAGUUCCAUUAACCUUGCUUUGCUUAUAGUUCUGUAAUUCAUAGUUCAAUUACCAAAAUCUUGGCACAGAUUACGACGAUUCACCCAUCCUAAAUAACGUGUACAAAGUUUUAAUGGUUAAUGUUUGGCGCCUGGUUAUUAGUACUAAUCCUACUCUAUGACUCGUGUUCGCAUUCGGGACGUAUUUUCCUCAUAAAUUCGAAAAUAACAUGUAUCUACAAAUCAUAAACAUAGCCGAGAAAUGUUAAUAAAUAAAGGAAACAGUAAAAAUG